AUGGCCUCAAAAACUCGCGCUAUGCCACCAUCUUUGGAUCAAAUCACCACAAAGCAUGUACUUGCAGAUGAUUUGGAAGCUAAACUAGCUUCCAAACUAUUGAUUGCUCAAUCAGAAACUGCUAAGGUCCCGGAUGCUUCCAUGGAUCAAGAAAAGAAAGUAGCAGAGAAAGGAAGCGUAAAGAACAGCUCUGUUUCAGAUAAAGCAAGUGAUGGAAACAGCAGUUUGGGGAAGACAAGCGGGAGUGCUCUUGUGGAGAGUGGGAAGAGUAGUAUGUGCAGAGGAAGUACAAGCAGCAAUGUGAGUGAUGAGAGCAGUUGUAGUAGUUUCAGUAGCAGUAUCAACAAGCCACACAAAUCAAAUGAUAUGAGGUGGGAAGCCAUUCAAGUGGUGCGAGCAAGAGAUGGGGCUUUGGGUUUAACUCAUUUCAGAUUGUUGAAAAGAUUAGGAUGUGGUGAUAUUGGGAGUGUUUACUUGGCUGAGUUGACCGGGACCAAAGCGUAUUUUGCUAUGAAAGUGAUGGAUAAAGCCUCUUUAGCAAGUCGCAAGAAGCUUCUUCGAGCUCAAACAGAAAGAGAGAUUCUCCAAUCUUUGGAUCAUCCGUUUCUUCCUACACUAUACACUCAUUUUGAGACUGAUAAGUUCUCAUGUUUGGUUAUGGAGUUUUGUCCUGGAGGAGACUUGCAUACCCUUAGGCAGAGACAACCUGGGAAACACUUCACCGAGCAAGCUGUCAAAUUUUAUGUAGCGGAAGUGCUUCUAGCCAUGGAAUAUCUCCACAUGCUCGGGAUUGUUUACCGAGACCUAAAACCCGAAAAUGUCCUCGUGAGAGAAGACGGACACAUAAUGCUUUCCGAUUUUGACCUUUCCCUUCGGUGCACUGUGAGCCCGACUUUAGUAAAAUCCUCAUCCAUGGACAACGAGCCCCUCCGUAGGUCCACCGUAUACUGUGUCCAACCAUCUUGCAUCGAGCCAUCUUGUAUCCAACCCUCGUGCGUGGUCCCCACCUCUUGCUUCUCCCCUCGCUUCUUCUCAAGCAAAUCCAAAAAAGAACGAAAAAACAAAAUCAAAAACGAAAUAGGCAACCAAGUUAGCCCAUUACCCGAGCUCAUGGCGGAACCCACUAGCGCCCGAUCCAUGUCGUUCGUGGGGACCCACGAGUAUUUAGCCCCGGAAAUUAUUAAAGGCGAAGGCCAUGGAAGCGCUGUAGAUUGGUGGACAUUUGGGAUCUUUUUGUAUGAGUUGUUGUUUGGUAGAACCCCGUUUAAAGGUUCGGGCAAUCGGGCAACGUUGUUUAACGUUGUUGGGCAGCCUCUGAGGUUUCCCGAAUCGCCCGUGGUCAGUUUUUCUGCCCGGGAUCUCAUCCGGGGGUUGCUUGUGAAAGAGCCUCAACAUCGUUUGGCAUAUAAAAGAGGUGCUACGGAAAUCAAACAACACCCCUUCUUUGAAGGUGUUAACUGGGCUUUGAUCCGGUGUGCUACACCGCCGGAUGUACCGAAGCCGGUUGAGUUUGAACGGUUCUCGGCAACCGCUCCGGUUGCUUCCACAAGUGAAAAGACUAAUGUACCCCCGGUGGCUGCUCCUAACCAAAAAGGUGCAGGUGUGGGUGCGGGUUCGGAUAAUUACUUGGAGUUUGAUUUCUUCUAG